AUGUCUCUUUCAAACCGCGCCUAUGAAGCAGAGGAGGCCAUUAAGGGUAUGGAUCUCUGGGAGGUCAUACCCAACCUCUUCGACCAAGAGACCAAUCCCGAUGGUAUUGUGAGUUUGGGCGUUGCGGAGAAUACCCUCAUGCACGAUGUUCUCCGGAAGCACAUCCACGACAACUUGGCCUUGUCGAAUCCGGCGUUCACUUAUGGAGACGGAACAACGGGUACGAAGCAAGUCAAAAAGACUGUCUCGCGGUUCUUGAACAGGCAUCUCAAGCCGUUCAAAACUAUUGAGCCGGCGCACAUCACCAUGACCAAUGGAUGCAGUGCUGCUAUCGAGCAUUUAUCGUGGGCUGUUGCGAACCCUGGAGAUGGGAUUCUUCUUGGGCGACCCUACUAUGGCACCUUUGUUCCGGAUCUUACAGCCCGUUUCGGAGCAAAACUUCUCCCAGUUGCAUUUGGCGAAGUUGAUCCCCUCAGCGAGGACGCAAUAGCCGAGUAUGAGAAAGUCAUACUUGAAGCUCAAACUCAGGGGACCAGAGUUGCAGGUCUGGUCAUCAGUCACCCACAUAACCCCCUGGGACGUUGCUACUCUCGCAGUGUUCUUGUCGCAUUUAUGAAGUUGUGCCAGAAGUACAAACUGCACUUUAUCAGCGAUGAGAUCUAUGCACUGUCUGUCUGGACCAACACCAUUGGUCAACACCCUCCAUCUAUUCCCUUCGAAUCUGCUCUUUCAAUUGAUACCGCAGACAUUAUCGAUGCUGAUCGUGUGCAUGUUCUCUGGGGCAUGUCCAAAGACUUUGGCGCCAACGGUAUCCGAGUAGGCACGAUUGUGUCUCAAGCCAACAUGUCUCUGCACGCUUCUAUAGUAGCAGUUGGACUUUACAGCUCUGUGUCAUCCAUCUCGGACCAUGUCACAGUCAAUAUAUUGGAAGAUGAUACCUUUGUCGAGUCAUAUAUUGCUGAGAACCAAAGGAGGCUAUCAGCUCAGUACAUCCGUGUUGUCUCGUGGGCCCGCAAGAACCAGAUCGACUACGCUCCAGGUGUAAAUGCUGCCUUUUUCCUGUGGGUUGAUCUGGGCAAGUAUUACAUGGAAAGACAUCCUGGGUUAGAAACCGAUGACAUUACGGAUCUUAUCAUGAGCAAGAUGAUGGAAAAGAAGGUCUUCCUGGCAUCUGGAAAGGCGUUUGGUUCAGAGAAGCCGGGCUGGUUUAGGAUUGUGUUCUCGCACAAUGACGUAUACCUUGAUCUGGGUCUUGAACGGGUAAUCGAGGCACUGUUGUAA